AUGCCAUCUUAUAUUAAUACACUUUAUGCUUCAUUUGUACUUAGUACAAAAGCGAAUGCACGAAUAAAACAUAUUGAUAUUGAAGAGGCUUCAAAAGUUGCAGGUUUUGUAUCAUUUGUUAACUAUCUUGAUGUGCCAGGCUCAAAUAAAUUGACUGGUUUGUUAACUGAUGAAGAAGUAUUUGUAUCAUCAGUUGCUCUUUGUAUUGGUGCUAUUAUUGGUCUUGUUGUUUGUGAAUCCGAACAUGGAGCUAAAUUAGCUUCAAGUCUUGUUAAAAUUGAUUAUGAUUUAUUAUUACCAAGAAUAUUUUCUAUCGACGAUGCUAUUAAUCAUCAAUCUUAUUUUGACGAUGAACUUUGUCUUCGCAAAGGUGAUGUUCAAAGAGUUUUUCUGGAUGCUGAACAUAUUUUAGAAGAUACAUUAUACAUUGGUGGUCAAGAACAUUUUUAUAUGGAAACACAUUCUUGUAUGGUUAUACCAUCAAAUGAUGAUAAAGAAAUAGAUUUAUAUGUGGGAACACAAAAUCCAAGUCUUACUCAAGAAUUAACAGCAUGGGUACUUGGUCGAGAUGUGAGUCAUGUAACUUGUCAUGUCAAAAGAAUUGGUGGAGCAUUUGGUGGAAAAGAAACGAGAUCUAUACCUCCGUGCCUUGCUGCAGCAGUAGCUGCUGUUAAACUUGCUCGUCCUGUUCGUCUUAAUCUUGAACGUUGUGUCGAUAUGUCAAUCACUGGACACCGACAUCCAUUUAAAAUUAAAUAUAAAAUAGCAUUUAACAGCGAAGGUCAGUUUUUAGGACUUGAUAUUCAAAUGUGGAGUAAUGCUGGUUGUACAUUGGAUCUAUCAAAAACCGUUAUGGAAGCCGCUAUGCUUCAUAUGGGAAAUACAUAUCAAUUUUCUAAUAUUAAAAUUCAUGGUCGUAUUUGUAAAACACAUUUACCAUCAAAUACUGCUUUCCGUGGUUUUGGUGGACCGCAAGCUAUGCUAGCAUGUGAAUCAAUUGUAGAACAUGUUGCUGCAUAUCUGAAAUGUGAUCCAUUGGCUAUUCGUUAUCUUAAUUUAUUCAAAGAAGGUGAUACAACUCAUUAUGGACAAAUUUUAGACCAAUGGAAUGUACCACGAAUUUUGAAUGAACUUACUAAAUCAAGUGAUUUUAUUCAAAGACAACUCGAUGUUGGAGAAUUNAACUGA